AUGGCCACUGUCAUGGCCUCGACCAACGCGAGUUGGUUUGACGACCUUCCACCUCUCCCUUCCUACACGGAGAAGGCCAUUCCAGAUAUUGUUCCCGGCAUCCCGAACUUCUACAUGUUCCCCAUCCUGCCUAUCAUCAUCUACUGGAUCCUCUCUAUCUUCUUCCACAUUAUCGACACCUACGACGUUUGGCCGCAGUACCGUCUACAUACGCCUGAGGAAAUCACCAAGCGCAACCAUGAAGCCGAGAUGAUUGGUAGCGAGGAGUACGAUGUCGCCGUCUGGGCUACGCGCGUGCGCCUCGCCCAGCGCGGACCUCCUGCUCUCCUCGGUUUCCUUGGCCUCAACGCUGCGACCAUCUCGAAGAACAUGUCGGCCUCGCACCCUCUCAUUGCCGGCGCGCUUGCUGGCGGUCACUACCCGUCGCUCAUGAGCCCCUCCAUCGACGGCGUCAACGCCGUGCCCACCUUUGCACUGUGGGAGCUUAUGGUCGCCAAGGCUAUCUACUGGGCUAUCAUCCCGACCCUCCAGAUUUUCAUUGGCACAGUUCUGCUUGAUACCUGGCAGUACUUCCUGCACCGCCUGAUGCACGUCAACAAGUUUAUGUACACUACCUUCCACUCGCGCCACCACCGUCUCUAUGUCCCUUACGCCUACGGCGCACUCUACAACCACCCCGUCGAAGGUUUCCUGCUCGACACCCUCGGCGCUGGUCUCUCUUACAAGGUCACCUUCAUGACCCAGAGACAGGGUCUGCUCUUCUUCUGCCUGUCGACGAUCAAGACGGUCGACGACCACUGCGGCUAUGCCCUGCCCUGGGAUCCUAUCCAGCACAUUACGAGUAACAAUGCUGCCUACCACGACAUCCACCACCAGACUUGGGGCAUCAAGACCAACUUCUCCCAACCCUUCUUCACCUUCUGGGACCGCUUCCUGAACACCAGGUACAAGGGCAACAGGCAGAACCGCCUGUUGGAGAAGGAGAAGGCAGUCGCUGCCGCCAAGACCCAAUGA